AUGGCUACAGUACAGGAAAUUAUCUCACAACAAAAAAAGAUCCCUCUAGGAGGCGGACCUUUCAAAUGGGUCACGAUUCUAGCACCGCCAUGGUGUAAGAAAUUCCUCUCCUAUUUAGCAGGCUGGUUAACGGUCAUCGCAGUACGUACCACCAUCCCCAUCCCCAUGCUCACAUCCGAACCCCUCAAACUAAGCCUAACUCAAACCAAAGUGGCAAGCCCUCGUCGCCGGCAUAGCAAUCAUCUCCACCUCACUAUUCCAAAGCCUCCUAAUCCUCAACUCACUAGACUACACCCAGCAACGGUGGCACGCAACACUCCUCUUCUUCGCCGUGCUCGCCUUCGCGCUAUUCAUCAACACCUAUCUAGGUCGGGUGCUCCCCCAAAUCGAAUCACUGAUGUUAUUCUUCCAUAUCAUGGGUUUCUUCUCGGUUCUCGUUCCGAUCGUGUAUUUGGCUCCGAAGAAGAGUUGGAGAGAGGUUUUUACGACGUUUAUGGAUGGUGGGGGUUAG